CCACGCAGUGAUCAUUAUCCCCUAAAUUAGGCUCCACAGAGAUUGGGGACAUGCCACUGACCCUGUUGCAGGAUUGGUGUCGGGGGGAACAUCUGAACACGCAGAGGUCCAUGCUUAUCCUGGGGAUUCCUGAGGACUGUGGUGAGGAUGAAUUUGAGGAGACUCUUCAGGAUGCUCUCAGGCACCUGGGCAGGUAUAGGGUCAUUGGCAGGAUGUUCAGGAGGGAAGAGAAUGCCCAAGCAUUUCUCUUGGAGCUUGCCCAAGAUAUUGACUAUGCUUUGAUCCCCAGGGAAAUACCCGGAAAGGGAGGGCCCUGGGAAGUGGUUGUAAAACCUCGGAACUCAGAUGGGGAAUUUCUCAAUAGACUGAACCGCUUCUUAGAGGAAGAGAGGCGGACAGUGUCAGAUAUGAACAGAGUGCUUGGAUCAGACACCAACUGCCCUGCUCCAAGAGUGGCCAUAUCACCUGACUUCUGGACCUGGGCCCAGACCCUGGGGGCAGCAGUGCAGCCUCUGCUAGAACAAAUGUUGUACAGAGAACUAAGAGUCUUUUCUGGGAACAGUGUGUCCAUCCCAGGGGCGUUGGCCUUUGAAGCCUGGCUUGAGCACACCACUGAGGUGCUACAGAUGUGGCAGGUGCCUGAGGGUGAAAAGAGGCGGCGGCUGAUGGAAUGCUUGCGGGGCCCUGCUCUGCAGGUGGUCAGUGGGCUCCGGGCCAACAAUGCUGCCAUAACUGUGGAGGAGUGCCUGGCAGCCCUGCAACAGGUAUUUGGACCUGUGGAAAGUCGUAAAAUCGCCCAUGUGAAAUUUUAUAAGGCCUAUCAGGAGGUAGGAGAGAAAGUCUCCAGCUUUGUGUUGCGUUUGGAACCCCUGCUCCAAAGAGCUGUAGAAAAAAAUGCAGUAUUGCGAAGGAAUGUGAAUCAGGCUCGCCUGAAACAAGUCUUAAGUGGGGCUACCCUUACUGACAAACUUCGAGACAGGCUUAAGUUGAUGAAACAGCGAAGGAAACCACCUGGUUUCCUGGCACUGGUGAAGCUCCUGCGUGAGGAGGAGGAGUGGGAGGCCACUUUUGGUCCAGAAAGGGGGAGGCUACAGGGGCCGGAUGCAGGAGUAAGGGCAUCUGCCAGAGCCAAUGCUCUCAGAGCAGUGUCUUUUGCUGCCCCUGACAGCACUCUUCAGGCCAGGCCUUCCCAAGGUUCCCGGCGCAGGAGGGGCAGAGGACAGCAUCGAAGGGGGUGUGUGCUGAGGGCCAGCUCCCGAGGUUCAGGAAAACGGAAACAUCACACAUUCUGCUAUAGCUGUGGAGAAGAUGGCCACAUCAGGGCACAGUGUAGCAACCCUCCAAACCCGCUCUUGGCAGAGGAAACAAAAGAGAUAUUGGAAAAAGGGAAAGGGGCAGCCCACAGAAACAGCAGGGGACUUGAGUGGGGUAGAGGGGCAAAGAAGCCAUGACCAGGCUGAGCCCCCUCAUCCUCUGCCAGAUGAAAAAGACUCCACUCACCAAGCUACAUGGGACUCAGUGAAGGCCAACAACAGUGCACUGAAGAGGUGCCAGAGACACAACUGGGGGGUUGCCCCAGCCAGCACAUGGGGUGCACCAGCUGCAGGCAAAGACCCCAACACAGCAGAGGCUGAAGAAAGUGGAGCUGGGGACUCAUUCAUCAGCCCCAUCAUCUGGCCACCCCCAAAUGCCCACCCUGUGGGCUCUGAGCUAAAGAUGCCAACUGACCUCCAGGCCAUGUGGGGCCUGGAGGAGCCUUCCCCAGGACCAGCCCUGCCUGAAG